CAAACUCAAGCUCGAAGGCCGACGCGGCGCUCCUCACAUUUUCCAGCAUUGUUUUGAUGUUGCCGCUGUUGUUGUGAUGCUUCCAUACUAUCAUCCAGUACCAUACUAGUACAAUAGUCACCAUCAAAGUCUGAAGAGGUUAGGAGGACCAUGUUUAUCGAAGAGAUCGUCAUUGACGGCUUCAAGUCCUAUGCUCACCGGACAGUCAUCAAAGGCUUUGACCCUCAUUUCAACGCCAUUACUGGCUUGAAUGGAUCUGGUAAAUCCAACAUCUUGGACUCGAUUUGUUUCGUCCUUGGGAUCACCAAUCUGAGCCAAGUCCGCGCUGGAAAUCUCUCCGAGCUGGUUUACAAGCAGGGCCAAGCUGGAGUCAACAAAGCCGUCGUCACAAUUGUAUUCAACAACGAAGAUGAAGCGAGUAGUCCUGUUGGAUACGAACACUGCAAAGAAGUCACGGUGACGCGACAAGUACUCCUGGGCGGAAAGAGCAAAUACUUGGUCAAUGGAAAAAACACGCCAGCAUCGCAUGUCCAGAAUCUCUUUCACACGGUGCAACUAAACGUCAACAAUCCGCAUUUCCUCAUCAUGCAAGGUCGAAUCACCAAGGUACUCAACAUGAAGCCUCAUGAAAUCUUGGGAAUGAUUGAAGAAGCAGCAGGCACCCGAAUGUACGAAAACAAGCGGGUGGCGGCGCUCAAAACCAUUGACAAGAAACAAGCCAAAGUGGAUGAACUCAAUUCCGUUCUAUCCGAAGAAAUUACACCAACAUUGGAAAAACUACGAGGAGAGAAACAAAACUACCUCAAAUGGAGCAAGAACAAUGCUGAUAUUGAACGAAUUCAGCGCUUUGUUGUCGCCAACGAUUUUACCAAUGCUAAAAAUGCACUCGAAAACAACUCGGAAGGCACCGAUGAUGUGACCAAAGAAAUUACCGAACUGGAAGAACGACGCGAUGAACUCAAGGAAGAAAUUGAGGGCAUUGACGAAGAAGCCAAGAAACUACAAUCCACACUCAAGGGAGAAAUGGAGGAGGGAUACUCGGAUGCCAAGGCGGACGAGGACAAGUGCUCCAAGCGGCUCGUCAAGAUUACCUCCACAUGGACAAACAGCCAAGAAAGUGUCACCAAGGCGGAAAAGGACUUGGACGGCGCAAAAGGAGCCGUCGAGGAAAUCAAGACAUCCAUUACCGCAAAAGAAGGAGAGUGCAAAACGAAAUCUGCAAGAAUUGAUCAGCAAAAGCAAGACGCUGAGGAUGCAGAAAAACACCUGGCCCAACUUUCAUCUGACUACCAAAACAUGUCGGCUGGUAUCAGUUCCUCCCAGGGAGACGAAGGGCGCACGCUUCCAGAAAGAAUUAGCAAAGCACACAGCGACAGCAAAACAGCCGAAGCCAAGGCCAAACAAGCACGGAUGAAAAUCAACCAUCUCACCAAAGAGCUCAAGUCCGUCGAAGCAGAAAUGAAUAAGCAAAAGAAGACGGCUGGCAAGCUGGCGGAUGACCGUCAGAAGAUCAAGUCAAAAGUUGAUGGCAUUGCAAAGCAAAGGGACGAUUUGAACUUUUCAGCAGCAGAGUUCAAUGCAAUGGAACAGGAAAAGAACGAGCUCGAGGCUAGUCUUUCUGAGCUCGCUGGUGAGAUGGAGACGAUCUCCUCCAAACUAGAGGGCCGCCUUUCCUUUCGGUACGCUGACCCUGUUCGAGGCUUUGACCGGUCCAAAGUCAAGGGUGUGGUCGCCAAGCUCAUUACAGUCCACGAUCGCGUUCAUACAACCGCAAUCGAAAUUGCGGGAGGGAGCAAGAUUAGAAACAUUGUAGUUGAUGAAGCCGUGACAAGCAGAGCUCUGCUCAACAAGGGCAAGCUCGAAAAGAGAGUGACACUCAUCCCGCUUGACAAAAUCCGAGGCAGACGCCACACUCAAAGUUCGCUGAACCAAGCGAGAUCCGUUGCCUCGUCCAUGAACACAACAGUAUACCCAGCGAUCGAACUCGUAGGCUUUGACGAGGAAAUCAGAGCUGCGAUGGAGUUCGUCUUUGGAGGACAGUUCGUUGUUGACGGGCCUCGUGCAGCCAACAAGAUUUGCGAUGAUACCAAAACUCGCUCGAUUACCCUUGAAGGAGACGUCUAUGAUCCGUCGGGGACCAUAUCGGGCGGUUCCAAGAAUCCCGGCACAUCCAUUUUGGAGGGUUUGGGGGAGUUGGCUGAUGUCACGCAGAAACACAACGAGAAGGAAACCACGUACAAAUCUCUCGUUGCAAAGAUCAACGCGUUGAAGGGAAAGUCGAUCGAGUUCGAAAACCUCAGUACAGCCUUGGAGCUUGCGCAGACCGAACUUGCUGGCAUUGAGAAACAUCUCUCGCAAACAACCUACGGUAUCCUGGUGGAACGGAAAGAAACAAUGGAGAAGGAGUUGCAGCAAUCUCGCGACGAAAGCGAGGAAAUGAUCAAGGAGCAGGAGGACAAGUGGAAUCUCUACAACGAACUCAAGAACAAAGAAAUUGAGUUGACCCAGGAACGUGAAGUUCGCCUGAAGGAUCUCGAGGCCGCUGUCAAGGCGGCCAAAGAGGACGCCGCCAAGAAGACGAAGAUUGCUCGCGAGGCAAAGUCGACUUCUCAGACACUCACCAUGGAAUUAGAUAGUUUGAAGGCCGAGCUCCUCGCGGCGCAGGAGGCUGUUCGAUCUGCCGAGAAGGCCCUGAACGACGCAAGCACAAAAGAAGGUGACCUGCAAAUUGAGGUUGGCGAAGUCAAGGCGCAGUAUGAUGAGGCCAAGGGGCGCCUAGACGAAGCCGAGAAACGCAGGGCCACAUGCUCUACGGAGUUGAAGAACUUGGACAAGGAGCGAUCCAAGAAGUCGAAUGAAAUAUCAGCAGCUGCGGUGGAAAUAAAGAAAAAGCAGGUAGCGAUUGCCAAAAUCGAAAAGGAGCGAGCAACGGCUGAGCGUGUCGUAGCAAACAUGCUGAAGAAGCACCCGUGGAUUGAGAGCGAACAAACUGCGUUUGGCGUAGCAGGUGGUGACUACGAUUUUGAAGCCAUGGACACCAAGGAGAACAGUCGAAUGCUGCAGUCGUUGAAGGCAGAACAAGACUCACUCUCCAAGAAAAUCAACAAAAAGGUCAUGGGCAUGAUUGAAAAGGCCGAGGGAGAGUACACGGAGCUGUUGCGCAAACGCAAGGUCAUUGAGAACGACAAGAAGAAGAUCCAAGCCGUGAUUGAAGAGCUUGACGUGAAGAAGAAAACCGAGCUACAGCGAACUUGGAAAAAGGUCAACCGCGACUUUGGGUCUAUCUUCUCCACUCUCCUCCCAGGGACAUCGGCCAAGCUCGAGCCACCGGAGGGAAUGGAGGCUUGGGAGGGUUUAGAAGUGAAGGUUGCCUUUGGCGAUGUCUGGAAGGAGAGUCUGAGUGAGCUUAGUGGCGGCCAGCGAUCUCUUCUUGCGCUGUCAUUGAUUUUAUCGCUUCUCCUCUUCAAACCAGCUCCAAUGUACAUUCUGGAUGAGGUCGAUGCUGCGCUCGAUUUGAGCCAUACUCAGAACAUCGGCAACAUGCUCAAGACACAUUUCUCCCUGAGUCAGUUCAUCGUGGUGUCCUUGAAGGAAGGCAUGUUCAACAAUGCGAACGUGAUUUUCCGAACCAAGUUCGUCGAUGGUGUGAGCACAGUGUCACGUACUCUUGGUGUGGGUUCUUCGCGUCCCAACGUAGCCAACUCAAAUAAUGACGGCCAGGGGAAGAAAAAGGCGGCAAACCGCCGCAGCCGGGCCAAGACCGGAACCGGCAAAGAAAACGUUUGAAGGUUGUUCUGAGGACACAGUGAUCGUUAUUGAGCUUUGGUGAAGCGUUGUGGUGGCGCUUGUUGCUUGGGAAGGAAAUACAUGUACAGCAUCAAGUAGUAUACCACGGUACUAGAUUAUAGCUACAUGUAUGGGCAGAUGUUACUCCAUCAUAGGUCGUAACUUGAGUGAAACUAUAGCUAGUACAACAUCUUUUGACGU